GUCCAACACCCAACACCAGGUUGCAAGCUGGUUGCAGAAGAAGAAAGGGCGACGAGGCCAAGUGUCGACGAGAUGCAGCGGAUAGACGACAGCUUCGACAGCAGCCUCGGCGACGAGUCCGUGUCCGGCUCCGAGGACUCACUUGCCUUUGCCGCGGUGCCUGACUCGCCCGGCUCGAUGGCCUCGCCCGUGCGGCCGAUGGCGUCCUCGCCGACGAAGCCGUCCUUCUCCAGCAGCUCGGCUGCCACAACACCGCGGCGCGCAGCCGCAUGGGCCAGCACAACGCAGUUCAUGAUCCGGCCCACGCUCAGAGGGAACGAGAAGCCGCUCGGCGACCUGGACCAGUCCUUCGACUCGUUUAGCAUGACGCGCCAUGCCUCACCCCCUUCUGACCAGUCCAAGCUUCCGGGUGUGUCAGGAGCACCGCGGCGGGCGGAUGGAGGAGGGAGCAGCAUCCUCCGACAGCCCGACACGCCGGGCACGGGCUCCAGCGUCCGCUUUGGCAAGCGCAUGUACGACGACGGCGACGAGAGCGGCAUGACGGUCAGCUCCACGGCCUCGCAUCCUCUCGAGCGCGCCUCGCCGAGGUCUCUGCACCAAACCAGCGCUCGUCAAGAGGAGGAAGACGACGAGGACGAGGAUGGAGAUGAGAGCACAUCGUCGCGCGGCACACGCUCACACGCAUCAAACAGCAACGUCAGCAGCCCGACGGUGCGACUCGCGGCGCUGUCUGCCUCUCCGCCGGCACCGCUGCCGACGGCACCGACAUCAGACACCAAGUACGAGGACAGCCUCUCUGGGCUGCCGUCGAUCAGCGACAGCUUCUCGCGCCUCGAGGACCAGUCGCUGGACCUGGCCGACGAGACGCGGUCGCCGGUCAAGGCCGCUCCUUCUGUGACAAACAAAGCAGCAGCAGCAGCAGAGACGGCCCAGAAGACACCCGUCAGGGGUGCCGCGCUCGACGACAUGAGCUUCAGCGAGAGCUUCCUGCGGCGGGAGAUGGGCAGGGCCAUGAGUGGGCUUGCAGACAGCAGCCAGCAGCCGGACAGGACCGCCGAGCUGCCUGCCGAUCAACCUGAACAGAUGGUCCCUCAACAAGGGCAGGAGUCGGCAGAGCACCAGGCGGAAAUUAAGGAGGAGGAGCUGCAAAAUGGUGAACAAGACUCGAUAGAGAACAGCAGCAGCAAACUCGAGGCAAACACCUCCCCUGCCCUCACGCCCAGGCCGGUGGAGCAGACGCACGGCCGCACGCCUUCCUCGUCGUCGUCUGCUUCACCCUCAUCGGACUACCUCAGCCCCCGCAGCCACACGACGCAGUCGCAGCGAGGAAGCGCAAAGAGCACGCGCAGCACGAGCAGCCAAGGCAGCAGCAACCGCAGCUUUGGCACGCCGCAGUCGCAGUUGCAGCGCGAGCAGCAGCAGCAGCCGGAUGACACGCCCAGCAGCGCGCUGCUAGGGGACGCGCCAUCUUCUCCGUCUGCUAUUGCUGCUGCUGGUGCCGCUGCGUCGUCUUCCUCGUCGUCGUCGCUCGGCCGGCGCCCAAAGAGCCUCGAGGAGUCGCCCUCGGCGCAAAAGGCCGCGCGGCGCGCCGUGCUGCUCCCCCUCUCGUCGGCCAAGCACGCCUUUACGCCCGCCAGGAGCUCGCCGCUGUGCAACACCGCUGCCGCUGAAUCGCCGUCGCCGUCGCCUUCCAUCGGCCAGCAGCUGGGCGACGCGUCGUCUUCCUCUGCUGCUCGCCAGGCCGAGGAUGCAAGCAUGUCCUCGACCUCGUCAACAGGGAGCAGCAGGAAAAAGACGGCAGACCGGGCCAGCUCUUCGCCGUCGCCAACAUCUCACGCGGGCAACGCGGGCAACAGCAGCAGCGCGAGCCUGCUCGACAUCUUCGACGCCAUGAACAGCCUCGACGUGACGCACACGCAGCGGGGCCAGGCGCUGCUGCGGCGCAUCCGCGAGGUCGAGGUCGAGGCGCGGCAGGCACGCAUGGCCCUCGAGGGCGAGCGCGAUGCGAGCGGGCGCGCACGCACCGAGGCGGAGCGCCUGCAUGGCAUGCUCGUCCGGCUCAAGCGCGAGGCCGAGCGUGCCGAGGAGCGCCGGCGCGCGACGAUGGACGAGGUCGAGGGCCUCGUUGAGCGCGUCAAGGAGAAGCUUGCGCAGCGCGAGAGCAGCCGAGGCAGCGGCAGCGCUGAGGCCCACGUCGACGCGCUGCGAAGGGAGCUUGCGCUUGAGCGCGAGCGGCGGAGUGCGGCCGAGCGUGAGCUUGGUGAGCUUGGACGGACUGGCGAGCUUGGACGGGAGCGUGAGGACGAUCGUGCAAGGAAAGAGGGCAGGGACAGCGACGAGCAGGUGGACUGGCACCUCGAGAGGUACGAGCUCGAGCGCGAGCACGCCGAGGCGCUGGAGCAGCUCCAGGCACGGCUCGACGAUGCGGAGGCGCGCCUCGAGGCGCGGGCGAGCGGCGACGAUGGCGACGAGGAGGAGGAGGAGGACGACGUAAAGCACCUUGAGAAGCACGGUGAGGCAAAGGCAGAUGAGGAAGCACGGACGGCAGCGCAGCAGCUCGGCGCAGCGCAGCUGGAGCAGGAGCGCCUGCGUGGCCUGCUCGACGAGACGCGCGAGGCACUCCUGGCGCGCCCGUCACAGGCGCAGCUGGACGAUGCCGUCGCCGAGCGGGACCGGCUCCGCACGCGCCUUGUGGGCCUGCAGGAGGAGCUGAGCUGCCAGUGGGCCCACGCCGAGGCGAGCGACGCGCGGGAGCAGGCGCUGGCGGCGCAGAACGACGCGCUCAAGGCGCAGCUGGAGGCCGAGCGUCGCAGCGCCGAGGAUGCCAUCCGGCAGCGCGAGGACGCCGAGGCGAGGGCCGUCGCAGCCGAGGCGAGCAUCAGAGAAGCACAGGCCGAGACGGAGGCGCAGAUGCGCGACGAGACGCAGGCGCUGCAGGCGCGCUUCGAGCGCAUCCGCGAGGAGCACGAGGCGCAGAUGGAGGAGGUCGACGUCGCGAGCAGGGCCGCGCAGGACGAGAUGCGCGAGAUGCGCGAUGUGCAGGAGCGGAUGGCGCGCGAGGCCAGCGAGCAGGUCGACGAGCUGCGCGGCAGGCUGCAGCACGUCGAGGAGGAGCUCGAGCGCGCACGGGAGCAGGUCGACGAGGGCGAAGAGGCACGCCGGGUGCUGGUGGCGCAGGAGCAGGACGAGCGCGACAUGCUCGUCCGGGACAGGCACGAGCUCGUCGAGGAGCGCGAUGCCAUGGCGCAGGAGCGGGGCGCGCUCCUCGACAGCCUCUCGGAGCUCGAGAAGCUGCUGGGGAGGGUGCAGCAGGAGUCCAACGAGCGCCAGCACUCGGCGACGACGCUGCAGACCAAGCUCGACGAGCUGGAAGGCGAGCGUGCGACGAUGCAGACGCGCAUCGACCAGCUCGAGGCUGCUGCCACGAGCGCGAGCCAUAGGGAUGGAGGUGCUUCUUCCACUGUUGCUGCUGCUGCUACUACCUCGACAGCCAGGGACGACCGCAUCAAGGCGCUCGAGCAGGAGAUCGGCAGCCGUGGCCUGACGAUUGCCAAGCUGCGCAAGGCCAGGGAGCGCCUCGGGGCCGACCUGGCCAGCUUCUCGAUGGCCUUUUCCGCAAAGCAGAUGGAGGUCGACAUGCUCAAGCGCAGGGGGGGCCGGGCUACUGCGUCCAAGACGCCCGACGCCAGGCAGGCGGUGCCACAGCCGGCGAUGCUCGGUGUGGAGAAAGUCGGCCUGGACGAUGGCGAAGAAGAGGAAGAGACAGAGACAGAGACGGACAACGAGAGCCUGCCCUCGCUCAAAAAGGGCCCUUCGGCCGUGGCAGCGACGAGGCGGAGGACGACGAUGGACCCACAGGCAUUCAGCGAGGACGCUUUUCAGCGCCUGGCAAGGGACCCGGGCAGCACUGCACAGCGAGCGGUCAAGGUCAAGGGCGCCAUGGGGCCGCCAAGCACCGUGCGCAGGGUCUCGGCCGCUGCUGCUGCUGCUGCUGCUGCGGCGACGCCCACGCCUGCCGCCCCUUCCCUCAGCCGUGGGCAGGGUCCUCUGGCCCAGAGAAGGGGCUCUUUGUCGACAUCCUCGAACAAGGCACCUGCUCGGCAGGCGGACGCGGGCCAGAGCGACAAGGAAAACGUGGGCGUCAACGAGGCAGAGCUGCGCAAGAGCCGCGACGUGCCCAUGGACAUCAGCGAGCUCACCAUGUCGCGCUCACGGUCCAGCCUGUCUUCAGCGGCUGCGGCGGCGGCGGCGACAACGGCCGCGACGACGAGGGCAAAGAUUGCCGCCGCGCCUGCCGCGCCCACGGCCAGGGUCGCCACCAUCUCGUCUUCUGCGGCAGACAUUGCGCGGCGCGCGGCCUCGGGCGGCCGAUCCUCGCUCACUUCUUCUUCUUCUGCCGCGCGCAAGCCGACGGUGACGAGGCCGAGGAGCAACGCGCUGCUUGCCUGA